UACCCGGUGCAGUCACUGAGUGUGGCGUGUGUGAGACAGAGAGAGCGAGAGAGACAGAGAGAGAGAGAGAGAGAGAGGGGCUGGGGAGCACACUCAACAGCUGGAACCCUGGGCUCGGACUGGUCUCCCACCACCUCGAUUCAGCAGCAAAAAAAAAAAAAAAGACACACCUAGCCGUCCAAGUGUAAAAGUUGUGUUUUAUUAUUUUUAAAAUUUUGUUUUUAAAGGUGAAGUAAGGAGUGUAUGUUUGUGUGACAGCACGGUGACAGGUGGAAGGAGUGAGGAGGGGCGGGGUGGCGGUGGUGGUAGGGGGGGGGUGUCUCUCGGCAGAAAUGGGCACUCAGGGGCCGGCGGCGCUGCCCCCGGUGAAGAGCGUGACGGUCUACCGGAACGGCGACCCCUUCUUCCCCGGGCGGCGCUUCGUGGUCAACCACAGGCAGGUGGCCAACCUGGAGUGCUUCCUGAGUGACGUCACGCAGAGCAUCCGGGCGCCGGUGGCCAUGCGGACCCUGUACACGCCCGGCGCGGGCCACCGCGUCCGCGAGCUGGAGGAGCUGCGCAGCGGCGCGCAGUACGUCGCCGCCGGGUUCGAGCGCUUCAAGAAGCUGGAUUACACAAACACAGGUCCGAAACCCGUCGCACGCCGCAGUGACAGAGCUCAGCUGCACAUUUAUGGUCAGGUUCACAGCUGCUUAAGAAAAGGCUCCUUCCGCAAACGGUUCGGCCUCUCUGUGUACAGUAGCCGGGCCGAAAUAACUCACGUUAAUGGCGUUUGGAUGUGCUGGUGCGGCAGUUCGGGGAGAGGGCAGAGCCGUAAAUUUUGUCGGCACUCGGAAGGGAGGGAGGAAGGGAGAGGGGGGAAAGUGAGGGCAGUUCAGAGGCCAAACGUCUCCGCAAAAUGGAGGAAGGCCAUUCACCUACCCUGCAUCAUCCACGUGUUUCGGAACGGGGACCUCCUGUGUCCGCCCAUGAGGUUCAUCCUGCCCAGGAGCACCCUGCAGGACCUGGAGCAGAUCCUCAGCAUGGUGUCGGAGAAGGCCAGCCUGCGGACAGGAGCAGUGCGCAGGCUGUGCACUCUGGAGGGCGGGGCCGUGUCCGCGGGAGAGGAGCUGGAGAGCGGCCAGUACUACGUCGCUGUGGGAACGGAGAGGUUCAAGAAGCUUCCGUACGUGGAGCUGCUGGUCCCCAAAGCGGCAGCUGCUCACGGCCACAGAAACCACUAUGGAGACAGGAGGCUGCCAAAAAGAUACGAGAGCAGGAAGCCGGUCAGUGUUCCACAGGAUCGAUACAGUGACUCCACCCUGCUGGACUCCCCAGAGGUAUGGCUACAUCCUGUCCAUGCACCGGUGGAUUCAGGAUUUCGGGGAGUCAUCUCUGUUCACUGUAACGCAGCACACCCCAGUGUAUUUAAAGGGGACGUGAGGAAGAGGAGGAAGGAGGUUCAGGGUGCCGAAGAGGUGGCUGAGGAUGAAGACACUGCUGUGGAGUUUCCUGUCGACCAGAGAGCGGCGGAGACUGUGGAGGACGAGGAACUUGAUGAUAAACGUCACGCGGAAACGCCAAGAGAAGACAGCCCUGACCUGCGGCGUGAGAGAGAGAAAACGUCUGCAGAACCCAGGUUUGAAGUUGGGUACGAAACAAAUAGAAGCACACCACCCGGCCGCAGAGAGAUCAACGGGCGAGCCAGUUCAGCUUUUAACGAGGAAAAACAGGCGCCAGCUGCCCCGCACUCCAGAGAUUCAGCGAGACGCAACUCCCGGGAUUUCGAGGACGCGGACAGCGCGCGUGAAGAGUCCUCACAGGCAGAACAGACUAAACCUCCCAAAUCGGCGGCCGGGUCCCUGACGUACCGCAGCCACCAGGACUUGCCAGAGGCGGGAAAACUACGUCCGGAUAGCCGCUUGUCCACGAAUGAACUGGCGGCUUAAAUGGAAGCUGGAGCGCAGACCCAUAAAACACUCUGUUCGGGGCUUUAAGGAGUAUCGUUUCACGUCAACUGCGAACAAAAAUAAAGUUAUCUCGCACGAAAGAGCAAACCCGAACAGCCAACCGCCUGUAUGCUGCUUUUCACAUCCAAGCUUAUCAGCAGUGCAUUAAGUAAAACGAGCUGUUAUCUCAGAAACAAAUAUUCACGUUUCAAAGAACAUAGUCCUAUCACUUUAAUUUCUGGGAUUGUAAUCAGUAUAAUCCAUUCUCAAACAGCUUAAACUAAUUUUCUGCAGGGUGCUGAGGCGAAGGAUAGCUUUUCAAAGAAAUUUCAUUUUGUAUUGAAUAACUAACGGACCAUUUGCAUAAACCUGUUACGUUCCAAAAGUUGAAAGUGUGGAUGUUAACCAUUUGUGGAAAGGUUAUUUCAAAUGAGUUUAAACGCAAAUGGUAAUGAGCCAACAGUGCAUUGUGUGAAAAUUCGUUUUGCCUUAAAAUUAUGGAACUUGAGCACGUUUUCAUGCACCUGAAUUAAUCAAGAGAAAACCAGCAUGCAGAAGGGAACACCAAUAUCUACCUUUCAGGACUAUGUCUGAAGCUAAGAUGUAGCCUAAAUCUGUGUGGUGUGUUUAAAAAAAAAAAAAUCUUUACAUGGCAUAGUCUGUAAAAUGCUGAGAUUUCAAACAGGAACUCAUGUUGUCAUUGUUGCCACAUUAAAUUGUAUUUCAAGAAA